AUGGUUGAAGAGAAUGAUCCUCAAGCUGGUGCCAGCACCAUUGAUGCCACAGGAGAAUACAAUGUCAAUUACAUCCUCCUUGACACCAUCAAGGAAUAUUUAACCUUCAAUCAAGUUUGGAAGAGAAUCAAAAAUGGUUUGGGCAGCAAAGCCACCAGGAACUCCUGUCAACUCACCCUCAUCACUCAGCUGGGUGAUGUCAAGAUGUUUAACUCUGAUGCUCAGAAACUCAUCCAGGAGAUCAGGACUAUACAGGUGGAAAGCAGCAUCCUGGGUAAGCCAUUUGCAGAAGACACUCUGUUCUCCACUCUCCAGAAAUGCAUGAUCUGGCACCCCAUGUAUAAAGACACCAUUGCCACAGUCCACCAUCUCAACUUUGAUGCCCUUGCCAUUGCACUCAGCAUGUGCCAGUUGGCAAUUGAAAGUGUACCUGCACAGAAGUGGGACCCCUGGCAAGCCAAUGCUAGAAUUGCUGGCAGCACCAAGAAAGGCAAUUCAGCCAAAGAAGCAGAUGCCAAUGAUACCAGGGCAACAUGGAGCAAAAACUGCAAGAUCUGUUGCUAUGAAAUCUGGUACUCUCUCACUCCCGGUUGGAAGAGGCCCCAAAAUCAAAAGGAUACAGCUCACUGGAUCCUAGAUUCUGGAGCUAGCUUUCACAUGGCUAAUGACUACAGCAUCAUCAUUAAUCCAAAGACUUGCCAGAAGUGUGUUUUCACUGCGGGAAGCGAAAUUUUGGAGGCAACAGCUGUAGGAGAUGUCAACAUAUCAACUGAACAUGGAGACAUUUUCCUCCAGAACAUUUUAACUUUCAUACAGCAACUCUGGCAUGAACAUCUAGGACAUCCAGGUCAAGACAAGGCUAGAGUGAUUGUUAAGAAGUUAGCUGAUCAAAUGACAAUGGAAAUGGACCCAGAUACAGCUCUGACAUGUGAGCAGUGUAUACAGUCCAAAAGCACAAUUGCACAAAUGGGGCAAGGGAGUGGGGAAAGGGCCACUGCUCCACUUGAUCUUGUACACAUAGACUUGAUCAUUGACUUGUUGCAUGCCACAGAACACACAUGCAUGCUGGUGUUAGUGGAUGAUCAUAGCAAACAAAGGAAUAGAGUGGCAAGCGACUGUGGGGUACAACAGCAAACAGAACGGCCAGGAUAUAGUUUAGAAAGAAAAGGAUGGUUGUUCUAUAGCCCAGAUUAUAGACCUAACAUAUUCUGGAGUAACUUGGCAAAAUUCUUGGAACCCAAACACUGGACAGACUGGACUGAGUGGCGACCAAUGAAUGUGUCACCACCACUGACUUUAACAGAUGAAGAAGACCCCAAUGAUCUAUGGUACUCAGAAGAAAACCUGUUUGACAAAAGCAAUCAAGAGUCAUUGGAUGAAUACACAAACAUGGAUCCAGACCAAGAGGCUGACAAUCAGACAAGUCACAAGGCUUGGACAAACAACAAUACAUUUGGAUUAAUGGCAACAAAUCUUCCAGCUGGAGUAAAUACCAUUGACACCAGAUGGGUACUCAAGAUCAAGACUGAUGCAAAUUUAGUGCCAAUGAAAUUCAAAGCUAGACUGGUAGCACAAAGAUUUACCCAGAAGGCAGGUGUGGAUUACACAGAGAUAUUUGCCCCAGUAGCCCCAAUUCAGUUGAUCAGAGGAGUAUUGGUGCUUGCUGUGGUACAAAAUUGGGAAGUGGAUACAAUUGAUGUUAAACAAGCAUACUUAAACUCAAGCUUGCAUCAUGAUGUUUACUUGCAGCCACUGGUAGGAACCACAGUACCACCAGGAAAAGUGCUUAAGCUCAUGAAGGGACUAUAUGGUUUGAAACAAUCAGGGGGAAUGGCAGAUGAUAUCACAAUCAUUACAGCAUACAUAGAUGACAUGCUUAUAGUGUCACCAAGCCAAAAUGAAGUGGAUUGCACCAAAGGAGAGAUUAUGAGAAAGUGGGGGACACAAGAUAAUGGAUCAAUCAAGGAAUUUCUGGGCAUCAAGAUCACUCGAGACAGAAAGCAGGGUAGCAUAUCACUGGAUCUAAUGGCAUAUAUACAGGUGAUGAGCAAGAAGUAUCAGGAGCUUGUUGGACAACUACUUGGGAAUUUUGGCAUGACACAUGUUGACACUGACAGACAGGGCAUGGAAGGUGGCAAUCCAUGUGCUCAAGUAUCUAAACCAAACAAGAAGUCAGGUGAUCACACAGAUGAGGCAGUGAUGAUGUACACAGACACAAAUUGGGCAUCAGAUGCCACCAAUGGAGGGAGAAGUAUGUCUGGGGUGAUCACAUACAUUUACAGAUGUCUGUGCUUUGAACAGAUAGUCAAGGAUGCAUCCAAGUCAGCAAAGAUCCAGCCAAACACUGGAAACUCAAGCACAUUGACAUGUGGUAUCACUUUGUAA